UGCUGGUACAGUUUUGUUAUUCUGAUAUCGCCCUAUCUAUUUAUUCUUUUGUUCUUAUGGUUGUAUACUUAUAAUAAUAGUGACAUUUACAAAUUAUUGAUAAUCAAGUACCUCCCUUCGAGACUACUGUCCUCUUUAUCUAUCCCAUACAUACCAAAUUUUUUUGCUAAACUUUUUUCAGCUUCUUUCAGCUAAUUUUCAGUUUCACUUUCAUCUAGGGCCCAAAGUUACAGCAUACCAUAGUCAUGUCCAACGACCUCGAGGAGUUUCUCCUCAACGACAACUUCUAUUCGGGUCCGGCCAACCCCACCAAACACAUCAACAACUUCCGCAACUCCAUCCAUAUCAAGAAUCUGAUUUCGUCAAAGUCGCUCAACAAGUCUUUGCUAUCACCAAGCGAGAAGACGGGUUUCAUGAAAAGCUCUCCUUCCAUGAAAGCCUUGGAAAGCAUUCUCAAUGACAAAAGCGAUUCAGGCUAUCCUUCUGUUAAAGGAGCUCCUCCCAUCAUCGAAGAAGAGCCAGAAGAGCUGCCAGCUUUGCUAUCCACUGAAAGAAUGCCCACAAACCAUUUCCAGGCUUCUCACGCAAGCCAUGGAAGCAACUCAGGCUCUUCUGCGGUCACCGCCAACACUGUCUCCAGCACCGUUGGCACAGUCAGCACUGUCGCCACUUCUGAAAGCCUUGUCCACGAAAAAGACCAUGGCGUCUCUCUUGGCUCUCAGUACACUUUGCACAAUCCUUCAGUACAUUCCAUCCAGCUGUUUGAAACAGCCAGAUCCACCCAGAGCCAGAUCGUGGAGCCCCAGUCAGAGGCCCAGUCUACAACAACUUCGCACAAACGGUAUCCUUCAACUAUAGACGAGUCUUCGGGCUACACUACAGACGACACACCCGUGUUGGCACAGCCAGCUACGUUCCACAACAUCAAGACCAUCUACUACAACUCGCCGCAGUUGAAGAUAGUAGAACAUAAAGUGGAGGACGACACCUUGGUAGAAGAGGAGUCAAAAGCUGCUGCUCCCUCUAAUGCUACAUCUACCACUAUUCCUCCAAAAAGAAACAAGGAUAUACAGACUAUAAAUAUUGAAGACAAUUCUGAGACGAGCAGCACGAAGAAGGCAAAAAGAGAGAGUUUUCUUAUGGCUAGUGGAUUCAGCAAGGAUGAUAGCGAAAGAGUUGAUUACAGAAAAACGACUCACAAAAAUAAUAUUUCCUACCCAGAUAAUAUGAGUGAAAAUUUCAGGACUCGCGAUAAAAAUAGACAUAAAAAUAGCCGGGAAAAUUUCGCAUCUAAUGAGACCACAGCUAAGACCACCAGCGAAACGGUCACGCAGGGUUCAAUUGCUCCCAUUGUAAACGAAAGUGUCAAACCCUUGGAUUCCAUAAAAGCACAAAUCCCCGCUGCUGCCCCCACAGACACACACGCUGUAACAGCCAAUGCCCCGCGCUUUAUCCAGCCUGUAGUAAAUUUUGCUCAUAAAUCCUUGGGUGCGAAAAAGCCACAAAAUUUCUCCACCGACGAUCCCGCUUCCACGACACCGUCUGGCGAAGGAGUUAUUUCUUCUACCAACAGUACUAUUUCAACUGCUCCUGUCACUGCUACUUCCACUAGUGGUACUCGUUCGCUACUUCCACCGGCUCCUCUUCUGAAGCCUGCCCUCCACCAACUCCAACCACCACCAGACUUCGCACUGAAAAAUCGCCGGAUCGGGCCAAGCAAAGAAUUUCACGAGAGUCAGCUGGGUCAAACACAAGACGAAAGUCUCCAAAAUAACCUAAACCAAACCCAAUCUUCUCUUCCUCAAACUCGUUCGCUCCUCGAUUCCCCCAAUCCUCAAGAGACACUCGCUUCUUCACCCCGUCGAUCCCCACACAUCAGAUCCAACUCUGCCUUCUCGCUUUCGCUCAGCAAGCCGUUCACGUCUAACAAAAACCCCUCUAGUCCAGCUCUAUCCUCACACCGUAGAAGCAAUACCGUUGGCGAUAUUCCGUCUGUGGCAAUGCUGUCUACCGCCACUCUUGCGGCCGAACCGGCAACUUCAAAGAAGUUCAGCUUCAAGGCUCUAUUUAAGCUGAAGUCAAAGAACCACCUGCUUAAUGAUCCUAACAUAAAUCUCAACAUUGCAACAUACUCAGCAUCUAAUCCGAAAAAGUUGAGUUCAAAGUCGUACUCUUCCCCAAACAUCUCUACAAUUGGAGAAAAGACCAAGCCUAAACCCUCUGUUCCAACUCCAUCGAGCUCUUCCGGCUCACUCUUGAACGUAUUCAAGAAAAACAAGUCGGUAGACAACUUGACAAAGUUGAAAGCUAAGCAGAAUAAACACGAGGCAUCUCAGGCUUCAAAGAAGCCCAAGAUCAGCGCCAAGUCUAAUAAGAAGAGCGUCGAGGUGGAAAAGCCCAUAGGUUCUGGCUUGAGCCCGGAUCCCGAACAGACUCUUAAACACGGUAUAUCGAACGUCAACUUCAUAAGGGAAGUCAGCGACGAGGAUAUCGAUAUCCCUCUCAUACAAGAAGUCCAAGUUCAACAUCCAGUAGCACCAGCUGCUACAAUUAGAAUACCAGAGUUUGUUCCAGAGUAUUCUGCUGCUCCUGUAGAAGAUCCAAUCAGCGACGAGGAAACAGCUUAUGAUGAGCAUAAUUUGUUGCUCCACCCUCCAACAAAGCUUCAAAACACGCGAUUUGGCGAGGAAAUGAAGCUUGUGGGUGAAGACUAUGGCUCUCCCUUCGUUGUUACAUAUAAUAGCACUCAAAACUCUCCAGAAAAGAGACUUGAGGUACCUGCUUCUGGCAUUCAUUUGCACGAUUCAGUCAGGGACGAAGUAUCGAAGUCGCAGCAGUUAUUGGGAGAAGCUUUGUUUCCCAAGUCUCUAAGUGCUCAAGAAGUUGAAAGUAUUGUUUCAUUGGAAAGGUCUAGGUCUAUGAGGUCUAUCAAAUCCAGCAAGAGAAACUCGUUUAUCAACUAUGAUGGCAAUAAUGAAAAUGUCAUCCACUACAACGGCCCCGCAUCAUCUCCUGCCCCUUCGGGAAUUGGCCGUUCCAAUAGCAUCUUGAAGAACUCAAAUUCCAGAAGGAACUUGGCUAAUGAUAUCAACAAUUCCAUUGAUGCUGCCUUCGUCGCGACUGUGAGUGCCACUCCACCGCUAGCUCCGCAGUCGACAUUUGCUCCCGACGAAGUCGAUUUGAGAGACGAUACUAACAUCACUGAUUUGAUGGAAUUCACAGAUUUCAUCGAUGUAGAGAACAUCAGUUUCUCGACUUCUCCACGUCAAAUGGAUCCCGAGUCUCCAGCAAAGUCUUCAACUUCUCCAAGAAGAAGAGUCCAAGUAGACUCUCCAGUUCCACAGACUCUUGAAGUGCCAUGCGUUCAAUCGACUUCCCCAUCUCCUGCUCCGGUAAUCAACAUUCAAUCACCAGUAAUAACGCCUCCAUCGAGUCAGGAAAUGGAUGUCACUUCGGAAAAGUUCAGGGCUUCUCUCUCUCCUUCACCAGAAAUCACGGAAAAGAAAACUCUACUGGAACAAUUCCAACAUACGUCGUCUAUUCCUAGAUCUCCGAUCUCCUUAGGUGAGGAGUCUGAAGUAGAAGAACAUUCUAGUGAAGAGGAAGAAGACGAUGCCAAUGAUGCCUUUUCAUACACUAACGAACGUGGCUUGCUUGAGUCUUCUCCUAUCUUGGAAGCAGCAUACAAGGUAUCCAACAAUUCUCCUAUCAUAGAUGAGAAUGGAAGAAGUGUCUUCAACAACAGACCAAUCUCGAUGUCCUUCAGAGGUAUGAAACCACCUGCUUUCGCAGGUAAGAUUGCGCAGCAUGAUAUCAGAAGUAGUGAAUCCCAUCAAUCAUUCACCCUUUCAUUUGCGGAAGAUUCCUCGAGUAAUGGCGUAGGAGGUGGAUUUGGUUCCUCAUCUGAAGAAGAAGAUAUCGAGGAUGAAGAAGAAGUAGAAGAAGUAGAAGAAGUCGAAGAAGAGGAAAAGGAAAAUGUAAUUCCACCUCCAAGCAACUACAAUGUUGCUGUAUCUCCUCCAAAAAUCAACAGCAAGAAGUUUGGGAAUGUUUCCACGACUGAUAAUUACAACUACAAUUAUGCUAAUGUUUUACCUCCUCCACCCAAGAACUUCAUUCUCAACAAGAUUCCUUCUAUUUCAGACUCUUCUGCCAACUCUUCUCCAAAGUCUUUCAGUUCCAUAAUUUCAAGAAAAUGGAGAAAGAACUCACCAACUUCUAAUGCACAGUCGCAAUUCAAUAGCCCAAGAAUUCCUACGAAACUGGAUGGUGUUCGUUUCAGCUCCAGAAUCAUCUUGUACGAUACCUACAACGGAGAAGAAUACGACAGACACCCCGACACUGCCACUUGUAACCAGUUGACUCCGUUAUUGGCCCAGCAGAUCAAGGACGAAUUGAACACAUUCAAGAGUCAGAUGGAAAUCCAUGUGGACUCCAGAUGUCAUACUCAUUUCUUUUAAUUCAUCACUUUGACUUUAAUUUUAAUUUAGGUUUUCUAUACAUCUUUUAGUUAGCAUUUUCAUACCAGCACAAGCUUUCAGUGACACAAUAAAAUAAUGACAUACAAAAC